CAUCAUCAUUUAGCUAUAGCUUUCAUCUUUUUAUCUAUAGUUUAUAUUUUUCCUUUUUUUUUCCCUUUCAUCCUUAGCCCUUCUUUAUCCCCUAAUUAAUAACUAUGUUUUGAAGGGUUAAUUCAUCAUUAGCAUUUUGGAAAGAAAAAAAAAUCAUCACUUAGCACUGCAUGGCCUGAAUAUUUUUGAUUGAGAAAGAUAUUAAGAAGAAGGUGGCGGUGUAAUGUGAAGUUUGGUAAUUGUGAUGAUAAGAAUUUUCAUUCUGUAAAUGAGAUUUUAGGUGUUAGCCUCGAUUUUGAAUGCCGAUCACGUUGAAGAUUUUUCCACGUGCGAUCGGCAUUCUCUUAUUCCGAGGCAUUUACCCACAUGCAAAUAAGUUGUCAUCUUUUUCUGGGCAACAUUUGAUUAAUACGUUGUUUUUCUGCUAUUUCUGGGUUGUCCUGCUUUGGGUUGUGUUUGUUAAAUCUUGUUAUUCCUUUGUUAUAAUUGUUUGGUUGAUUACGGGAAUGAGUUUCGGGGGUGGAUCAGGAUGUUCUUAUCAUUCUGGAAACGGUCAUGGAUUUGGAAAUGGAAGCCCGUUACGACGUUCUUCUAGUAACAAAGGCGGAUCUUUAGGUUCUGCUGCUAAUGAUCAGCAACCUAAUCACCAAGUUGAUUUCGUUGAGAAAGAUCCCAAGGGUCGCUAUGUUCGGUACAGUGAAGUAUUGGGCAAGGGAGCAUUCAAGACUCUCUACAAGGCAUUUGACUUGCUUGAUGGUAUUGAAGUUGCAUGGAGCCGAGUGAAAGUCGAUGAUGUUUUGCAGUCACCAGACAAUUUAGGAAAGUUGUAUGCGGAGAUUCAUCUUCUUCGACAAUUGAAGCAUGACAAUAUAAUGAAGUUCUGCGAUUCGUGGAUUGAUGACAAGAAGAGAACAGUUAACAUGAUAACUGAACUCUUCACAUCUGGGAACCUGAGACAAUACCGUAAGAAGUAUAGAAGUGUUAAUAUGAAGGCUAUAAAGAAUUGGGCACGGCAGAUACUUCAAGGGUUAGACUAUCUUCAUUGUCAGAGCCCUCCUAUCAUUCAUAGGGACUUGAAAUGUGACAACAUAUUUGUCAAUGGAAAUCAUGGAGAAAUUAAGAUUGGGGACCUUGGAUUGGCGACCAUUAUGGAGCAGCCUACUGCUAAGAGUGUAAUUGGGACGCCGGAGUUCAUGGCCCCCGAGCUUUAUGAAGAAGAAUACAAUGAACUAGUGGACAUAUAUUCCUUUGGAAUGUGUAUGUUGGAAUUAGUAACCUUCGAAUAUCCUUACAGUGAAUGCAAAAAUCCUGCUCAAAUUUUUAAGAAAGUUAGCUCGGGUGUUAAACCUGCUUCCCUCGGCAAAGUUGUCGAUCCCCAAGUCAAAGGAUUCAUUGAAAAAUGCCUGGUUCCUGCUCCUCAAAGGUUGCCUGCCAAGGACCUUCUUAAAGAUCCAUUUCUUCAAUUCGAGAAUUUAAAUGAGCCAAUCCAUAGUCUUUUGCAGUCACCUUACCAAAGUCCAAGAUCAUUAAGUUCAUUGAAAUCUGCACCUCAUUCUAUGGAUGUAGAUUCUGAGUAUAACCAGUCAGUAUAUACAGACUCCCAUUGUGGAAGUCCUUGUCCUCCAACAUUGGAAUUCCAGAGGUUUCAUCAGAAUAAUGAAUUUAAAUUGACGGGUAAGAAGAAUGAUGAGAACUCAGUUUCACUGACCUUGCGAAUUAAAUGCCCUUCAGGCAGAGUACGGAAUAUACACUUCAAUUUCUAUCUUGAUACUGACACUGCACUUUUAGUUGCGGCUGAGAUGGUUGAUCAAUUGCAACUAGAUGAUCACGAUGUAGAUUUUAUUGCUGACUUCAUUGACUACCUAAUAAUGAAAAUUUUGCCUAGUUGGAAGCCUCCCUCUGAGUACCGUUCUAGUGGAGGGAGAAGUCAUGCUCUUGAGAACUACCUAACCUUGUCACCCAACCCUACCACAUCCAAUGCUCGACAAGAUGAUAUUCCAGCUCUGGGUAUGAAUAACCAAAUUAGCACUCAAGCUGAUGAAGAUAAAUUGUAUGCUAACUCAAAUGGCACUUCUUGUCAUGUUACUUUUGCUUCCCCUUCACAUUUGGCAAAUGUGAUAGACGACGAGUCUCAAGGUUCAGUUGCUUCUCAAGUAAUGGGGAAAAGCUCUUCUCUAAAGAAUGGGAAUUCAUUUGGAUUUGGCGAUUACUUUACAGAUGUUGUCUCUAAAGGUUCUAGUGGAAACUUAUCGGAGAUAGAUUUCACGGGUUUGUUUCAUGAUGAAUGUAAGUUGCAAGAAAACAGUGGCGAUUAUGUAGAAUGCAUAUUACCAAAUGAAUUUGGAAAGAAUCUGGAGGUAACUUUGACAGAUACAGAUGGAGGAGCUUCCAAAGGCAUGAGUUUGUCAAGCAGUUGUUCAUUUUUAUCGUUAAUAGAGAAAGAUGAGGAUACCGAGUUAAAGUUGGAGCUUGACACAAUUGAAGCACAAUAUCAACAAUGCUUUCAGGAACUCUCAAGAAUGAAGCAGGAGGCGUUAGAAGCGUGCAGGAAGAGAUGGACAAUGAAGAAAAAGUUGGCAGGCCAUUGAAUGAGAAUAGUUGACAACUUCAUUCAAAUAUAAGGUUGUUUUUUUCUUAAUUUACUGAUCGUUAUGAUCACAUAUAUUUGAAUGGAUUUUGGUUUUUUUUUUUUUUCAGACCUAACUUCCUUCAUACCCCUUUAUUUGUGUGGGUGAAGAUCAUAUGUACUUGUAUAAAGAGUGUAUAUAGUCAUAUAGUUUUUCUUGUUUUUAGCCUUUUUAUUUUGUUCUCCAUGGCCAUGGUUAGCCCCUUGUUUUGCAAGGAUGCAAAUGUUUUGGAAUCUUUGACUUGUAAUAUUUGUUAGUAAUGCACUUUGUAAUAUGGUCAUUAA